AUGGAAGGAUUUACAAGUUUUUCUAAAUCUGAUGCUAAAGAAGAGUGUGUUGAAGUUGAUUUAACCCAAAUCUCUCUUCGACCCAUUGUUCUUUCUGAUCUUGAUGAUCUUAUGCUGUGGACCAGUGAUGAAAAAGUGGCAAAGUAUUGCACUUGGGAGCCUUAUACAAACAAAGAACAUGGCAUCAACUUCAUCCAAAACAUAGCAAGCAAGUCUCUAUGGUUCAGAGCAAUUUGCCUCCAAGAUCGUGCAAUCGGAUGCAUCGAUCUCCGGUCGUGUUCAGGUAGAUGCAUGGACAAAUCUGCUGAACUUGGCUAUGCUCUGAGCUCUAAGUAUUGGAGCAAAGGAAUUGCAACACUCGUUGUGAGACAAGUGAUUAGAGCGGCAUUUAAAGAGUUUUCAUACUUGGAGAGGCUUGAAUCUCGAGUUGAUGUCGAAAAUGUCGCUUCUCAAAGAGUGUUGGAAAAAGCUGGUUUUCAGAGAGAGGGAAUUCUCAGGAAAUAUCUCUUCAUUAAGGGAAAAAGCAGAAAUAUGGUUAUGUUUAGUGUUUUAUCAGAAGAUUUUCAAGUUUGA